AUGUUUGCAAAGUCAACGCUGCCAAACAAGGCAGCCAAUGAGUCUUCAGAUCCCAUCGUCGUAACAUGGUCAGGUCCAAACGACCCCGAAAACCCCUACAACUGGUCCCUCAAGAAAAAAUGGUUCGCAGUCUCCCUCGGCCUCUUCGCAACCUUCAUCUCCAUGAUGAACGGCACAAUCAUCACAACAGCCCAUGAAGCAAUCGGCGAGGAUUUCAACGUCAGCGACGAGAACUUCCCACACUCAUACUGGCCCGUCUCCUCAUGGGGUCUCGGCGGUGCUUUGUUUUCACUAGUGCUGCUACCUAUCAUGGAAGACUUUGGCAUGAGAAUUGUAUUCUUGGUCGUGUACACUGUCUUUCUCUGCUUUCUGAUUCCAAUUGGCGUGGCGCCGAAUUAUGAGACUCUUAUCAUCACACGCUUCUUUAGUGGUGGUUGUUGUACUAUUCUUGCUAAUGCUGUGGCUGGAAUUAUUGGAAAUGUUUUUGCUACGGAUCGCGCAAGGACAAUUCCUACGGGGUUGUAUAUCAUGAUCUAUCUCAACUCUAGUAGUCUGGGACCUGUUAUUGGAGCUUCGAUAUUUCAGUUCUUGUCGUGGCGGUGGAUCGGAUAUAUCGAACUUAUCUGGACGGGUGUUUUCUUCCCCAUUUUCAUCUUGGCUAUGCCAGAGACACGGGGAUCUGCGAUUCUGACUUCCCGAGCGAAGAAAUUGCGGAAACAAGGACAGAAUGCUUACAGUCAGAAGGAGCUUGAGUCUACAUCCAUUCUUCAAGACGUAUGGACGAGUAUCCAACGGCCGUUAUACAUGCUCUGCACAGAAUCAGUCGUCUUCAUCUCCACAGUCUGGACGGCUUUCAGUUUGGGAGUGAUCUACGUCUUCACUCAAUCCGUCGAGCAGGUCUUCAGCGAACUCUACGGAUGGAACGCCGUGGAAGCAGGAUACGUCCAAGCAUCCAUCGUCAUCGGCGAAACCCUCGGUUUCGGACUCUGCGUUCUAACAAACAAUUGGUAUUAUGCUUCUGCAUCGCGAAACAAAGAAGCACCCGGCACACCCAUCCCCGAAGCUCGACUCUACGCCGCUGUAAUUGGUGGUUUCAUCGGUGUCACAGGAGGAAUGUUUGUAUACGCCUGGACAAGCUACUCAUAUAUAACAUGGGUAGGCCCAGCAUUCGGACUAAUGCUUGUCGGUCUCGGAACAGAAGCCGUGGUCGUCAGUAUCGCGAAUUAUCUAAUCGAUGCUUAUAGCAAUUAUGCGGGCAGUGCUAUUGGCGCUACUGUUUUGGGAGAGAAUUUGGGUGUUGCGUUUUUGCCGCUUGCUUCGAGUAGCAUGUAUACCAACUUGGGUUUCCAUUGGGCUAGUUCCCUUCUGGGGUUUAUCUCGUUGGUUUUGGCGGCUGCGCCGAUUGGAGUUUUCAUUUGGGGGAAGGAGAUUAGAGCGAGGAGUCCGUUUAUGAAGUCGGCUAUGUCGAAGCCUAUGGAGUUUGCGAUGACACCUUCGGAGUAG